CAACGGGGGCGGUCAUGGAGGUGGUGGAGGCGGCGGCGACAAGCCUGGCGGCGGUGGAGGAGAUAAGCCCGGCGGUGGAAGUGGGGGAGGAGGAAAAGGCGGCGGCGGCAUGACGGAAUGCAACUCGUUCCGCAUGCGAGCCAAGGGCUCCGUCUCGGGCUGGGUCGGCCAACUGGAAAGCGGCCAGCUGAGGAUCGGUCUCGAGCCCGUCAUCCUCCGCAUGGAAAAGGGCGAGAUUGUCGAUACCCGCCGACGCGGCAUGUGGUGGACUCCCCCUACCGAGACACUCCAGUGCGAUCCGGGGCAGAAGCCCGACAAGGGCUGGAGCGUCGGCUGUGACGGCAAGAUGACGUUCCAGGAGCAGACUCGGUACUUCCAGUGCGAGGCCGAGAACCAGACGUAUAACCUGUACAAGAAGAACGAUCAGGGCGUCAACUGUGGUGAGAUUACGCUCUACAUGAGUGGUUGUGGGCGUGGCGAGGGUAUGGGUGAUAAGCCUCCUGGCGGCGGCGGUGAUAAGCCCCCCGGAGGCGGAGGAGGAGGUGACAAGCCUCCUGGAGGUGGUGGAGGUGGUGGCGGCCACGGAGGCGGAGGAAUGGCUCCUCCUGCAAAUGGGACGGCUACCCCUCAGAACGGGACCAAGCCUAUGCCACCUCCUGGAAGGUGAUUGUUGAGGUCGAGGCUCUCUCUCGAGUCCCAGCUGAGGCUUAAGACGUGUGUUGAGCACACUCAGACUGCCUAAAGACGGUGUAGAAGGCACCAGCCUAGGGGAUGGAUCGCUUCAAUGCGGGACCAUGUGUUUAUUCACGCUUUGGAUGUAAGACGUCCUGUAUAAAGUAAUACAAGGGGAGGGUACUUUUCAUAAUCAAUGCAUGUAUUCAUAAACGAUUCGUUGCGAUCCUGAUGGCUGUCCAGAUCUGAGCCUUGUGCUCAGUUCCCAAAGUAGACC